AUGACGACAUCCCCACCACAGCCCCGUGCCCUGCCUGAUGGCGUCUACGUCCCCACACUCGCCUUCUUCAAGGCCGACGACGAGCUCGACCUAGAGGUCACUCAACGUCAUGCUAUUCACCUUGCGGAAUCCGGAGUCGCCGGCAUCGUUGUGCACGGAUCCAACGGAGAGGCCGUCCACCUCUCCCGAGAGGAGCGAAGCCUCAUCAUCCAGUCUACCCGCUCUGCCCUCGACGAGUCAGAUCACCACCUCAUGCCACUCAUUGCCGGCUGCGGCGCACAGUCUACCAGAGAGACAAUCCAGCUGUGCCGUGACGCUAGCAAUGCCGGUGCCAACUUUGUCAUCGUGCUUCCUCCUGGGUACUAUGGCGGACUCUUGAACACGGCUAAGAUUGUCCAACACUUUAACGACGUGGCUGAUGCUAGCCUUAUUCCAGUACUGGUUUACAACUACCCUGGCGCCGUGUCCGGCUUGGAUCUCUCUUCAGACACCAUCCUGGAGAUUGCCAAGCACCCCAACGUUGCGGGGGUAAAGCUUACUUGUGGCAACACGGGGAAGCUAGCAAGAAUCGUCGACAGUGCGCAGCCUGACUUCUUCGUGGCUGGCGGCAGCGCCGACUUCAUCUUGCAGGGUCUGGUCGUGGGUGGAAAUGGAACCAUCGCCGGGACGGCGAACCUGAUCCCCCGGGCCUGCGUUCGUAUAUGCGAGCUUUUCCAGGCCGGGAAGCUGAAGGAGGCCAGGAGACUGCAGGCAGUUGUCGCCAAGGCGGACUGGAUUGCCAUCCAGACUGGCUUCGUCGGAGUGAAGGCCGCACUGCAGCUAUUCCAAGGGUACGGUGGGGCACCAAGGAAGCCGUGCUGCAUCUCCGACGACAGCGAGGUUGAGAUGAUUCGGAAGGGGUUUGCCGAGGUCAUGGCGGUUGAGCAGAGCUUGACCUGA